CCUUUUGUAAACAUUGGGAAGUUGUUGUGCAAUUUUGACUCCGUUGUCGAUAUUUUUAAAAAUGAGAAAAUACAGCUGUAUAAAAGUAUGAUGAAAUUGUGUGUGACAUUUUGAUCGAGUGGUGGUGUUAAACUGACAGAACUUGGUUAAAACAGAUGUCUUUUCUGUUGAUAAAGGAAGUAAAGAAUGUGGACUGUUAUUGCAAACAUAGUACCCUUUGAGGCGAUCACCAAAAAAAUCAGAUCAAAGGAUCCAAUCAAGCAUUACAAUGGAUCUGUCUCAACAGAGAGGCUAAAUACAGAAACAUUUUCCCUCCAAAAUGGCGGGCAACUCUUACCUCGUAAAAGAAGCGGAAGUUGGAUUUUUCUUCGAACAUUCCAGUGGACCAAAGAAAAUGAAAUUAGUCGAUCCUUUCAGAGGCAGGUCUUUUUCUUCUACUUAUGUGAGAAGGACAAAUUGUCGCAUUACAUUGCGGAAUUGGGUGUUCUGCAUUUCUUUUCUAUCUACCAGAAAGUGUGUGGUGUUUCUUUAGAAGAAAAUGCAGUUAUCUUGUCUUGGAAAACCAUGGCUCUUUAUAUGUACGACACUUACCAUCACGCCGACAUACUGACAUGUCACACUCUAACAAAGCGAAAAUUAGACAUUGUGAAAGUUUGUGUUACUGUUGAGGAACAUGCAGUCGGUCACGAAUUCGAAACUCGUGAAGGAAUGGUACACUUAAAAGCAUUUUCUGAACUCGUACGAAAAAUUGUUCCUUGGCCAAGUUGCGGUGAACAGCUUAUGUGUUACGUCAAGGGUGAUGUGUAUUUGACGGGAAUUCUGAAAUAUUUCUUUAUUCGUCAGGUUUUUACGGACUCCGGGGUUGUUUUGGGUAGGUCUGAAUAUGUUGACAUGCAUCACCGUUUGGAAUCUUGCAGACGAUUACAAGAAGGUUUUGACGUAAGCAUCGACGAUUUUUCCCUAAAACUUGCGGAAGCAGGUUAUUUUCUGACAAAUGACACCAAACUGGCACAGUGCUUCAAAUGUGGCGGGGUGCUGCAGCUAAAACAGUUCGACUUUGACCCCUGGGAAGAUCAUGCGUACUGGCACCCAAGCUGUCCAUAUCUCCUAAAGGUCAGAGGUCAAGAGUUCGUCGACAAAGUUCGGCUUGAACUGAAGCAAAAAUGUGAUUUUAAUUCAGAGUGCGUUUUCACGUUCAAGCUUCGGAAUUUAGCUCCCGUUGUACCGUCAAGAAGAUCAGCAUCAGAGAGUGAAUCGAGCGAGGAAUCAGACGAUUAUGAGGAAGAUGAAGACGACGAUUAUUUUGGAUCAGAGAGUCCCGAGAGUGAUUAUUUCUCUGACGAGGAGUUUUAUUGAUCACUGUUUAAAAAAAACGAAGAUAAUUCUUUAUUGAAAACUGUUAAUAUCAUUACAUUUUAUAGUCACUGUUUUGAUAAAAUAUAUACUGAUUACAUAAUUUCAAUUUAAACAUUACUUGUUUUUGUGCAGUCUCUCUGCGUGUUUUAGUACUGUAUGUAAAUGUAAAUUAACAUCAGCGCUAACAAUUCCCACAUUAUUCUAUUUAUUGAUGGAAAUAUUUUUGUACAUUAUUCAUAUUUUGAAUAAAGAAAUAGAAAGAUGGAA